GGUUUUCAGCUCACGGCGAAAGGUCCGAAGAUCAGGCAAUUGGCGUAAACCAAUUUUCCAGUUUUCCGGUUCCCAGCAUGCGCAUGUGUGCCAGUCACCUGGUCUUCCGGUUUCUGGCAUGCAUAUGCAUGUGGAGAUCCGCUGGCUGGAACCUGGAAGAGCAAUUGGUGAUGGCUGGCAUGCCCAGAGCCAUCUGUGUGCCAUUUCUGGCACAUAUGCCGUAGGUUCGCCAUCACGGACAUAGGAUGUCCUGUUUGAGCAGGGGUUUGGACUAGAAGACCUCCAAGGUCCCUUCCAACUCUGUUAUGCUGUUAACAUGGUGUAGAAAGCGUUGCAGGGAAGAUGUCCGGAGAAAACUUUGGAUUAUUGCAAUGCUCUCUACAUGGGGCUGCCCUUGAAGUGCACCCGGAGGCUGCAGCUAGUCCAGAAUGCAGCUGCGUGGGUAAUAGUGGGAGCAACUCGUUGUAACACCAAUCCUGCGCAGUCUGCACUGGCUUCCUGUGGUCUUUCGGGUGUGCUUUAAGAUUUUGGUUACCACCUUUAAAGCGCUCCAUGGCUUAGGGCCCGGAUACUUACGGGACCGCCUGCUGUUACCUUAUGUCUCCCACCGACCCGUACGCUCACACAGAGAGGGCCUUCUCAGGGUGCCGUCUGCCAAACAAUGUCGGCUGGUGGCCCCCAGGGGUAGGGCCUUCUCUGUUGGAGCUCCUACGCUUUGGAACAAACUUCCCCCUGGUUUACGUCAAGUGCCUGAUCUUCGGACUUUUCGCCGUGAGCUGAAAACGCACCUAUUUAUUCAAGCGGGACUGGCUUAAAAGUCUUAAAAGUUUUAUUAAAGUUUUAAUUGGGGCUAUUUAUAAUUUUAUGAUCUUAAAUUGUUUUAAAUUUCGGCCAUUUGUAAUAUGCUUGUUUUAGUUUUGUUUUAAUGUGUAUAUUGUGGUUUUUUUUAAUAUUUGGCUGUACACCGCCCUGAGUCCUUCGGGAGAAGGGCGGUAUAUAAAAAUCUAAUAAAAUAAAUAAAAUAAAUCUAAUAAAAUAAAACUUCUCCAGAAAUAAUCUUGUAGUCUCCCCAUUGCUGGAGGCAUUUGAAAAGAGGUUGAGAGAGGUUACCAGUCUGGGAUGCUGCAGCGUACGCCUAAUCCUAUAGAUCUUGCACUGAGUAGGAAGGUAGAGUAUAUAGUCACUUUCUGUAAAAAUUGUGCAACGAAUCGGAUAGUGACGGGAACUGUAGGAGCAGGAUAUUUUCUUAUGAACAUUAUUCUGCAGAGAUAUUAAGAGAUAGUGUAAUUAUAUAUAAAUAGUUUGCAGUUCUCCCCUUCUGCAGCUCACCUUGCAAGCUUGUCUAUGUCUCAUCUCAAUGAACAGAUUGAGGAGGUCUGUAUCAUAGAUAGCCUUCCUCCUCCAUUCAAUCUGUUACCCAAGAAAGGAAACUGGUAUUGCAAUUUGCUUUCACCAUGGAAGCAUCAUCCUCUUUCAUAGAGCUCCACUACACCAACAGAGAAAUCAGAAUAUUUGUAAACAUUCUAUGACAUCUCGGCAAGGGUAUAUAUAGCAAAGGAUAAAUAAAUAUAUGAAGUGCUUCACUAUCACAUGUUCCUUCCUAUGACUUCAGGCUAGUUACAAAACAAUCAGAAUCAUUGGAGGGUGUUGUUGUUGUUGUUUUUGCCUUAUUGGACCUAUAUAAGAGGUCCAUUAAAUGAUUUUAUGAGAAGUAAUUUAAAAAACAAAAAACAAUUCUAUUUACUGGAUGUACCAAAAAGGUCUGUUAAAGUUCUGAAAGAUUUGGGGGUCAAAAAACAAGAUUAAUAGGAAACAAAUUCUGGAACUAGAUUUAGAAGGGUCAAAAAAUAAGUCUGUCAAAAGUUCAGGGAAGGAAUGCAAGGCUAGCUUAUUUGACCAGGGUUACAAUAAAAAAAAUCGUUAUAUCUGAUCUCCCUUACUGAAUUUUUGCUGAUAAAGAGCAAAUGAUGAAACUUUUCGAUUUUUAAUUGAGAGGUGAGUUAUGGGAUGAAGAGAGUAAUGCUAUAAAAUGUUUCUAUUUGCUAAGAUGGAAGGGGAAGUCCCUUCCUUCCUUCCUUCCUUCCUUCCUUCCACUUUUUUCUUUUGUAGUUGGUAUUAGUUUUCAUUCUUUGUAAUUCUUAAUAGAAUUAUUUGAGGGGGAAAAAAAUCAGAAGCUGGUUUAAUAGCCCCCCCUAAACAUUCCUUAGCUGUGAUCUGAGAGCAAUGUUUGCUCGAAAAUAAUAUUGGUCACGGUCUUGUGGUUUGCAAAUGUAAAUAUGACCUGAACAGAAGCAACAGCAGCUCAAAAAACAGGGAUCCCCUUUGAAGCAGCUGCAGAAACCUGAUGACACUUGUUCACAAUCCUGCAGGCCUAUUGUUGUCUUUUCUUUCUUUCUUUUCUUUUUUCUUUUUUUCUUUUCAAGGGAUGGUCGUUUAAGCCCUGGCGAUGAGCUUUUAACAGUCAACGGGCAACCCCUUAAAGAGCUCUCCAGCAAAGAGGCUGAAUCGCUCAUCCAGUCUGCCAGAGGCUUGGUUAAUUUAGUGAUCGCUAAUAAGGUGCCAGUCCGUACUGGAUAGGAGAUGUUGAUAGUUCUAUGGUCAAGAAGUCAACCUCUCGGUACAGACAGUCCCUUUAUAGCAACAGAAAGUCAUUCUCUCAGCAGCUGGAGAAUGCAGCAGGAAAAGCAGCUGUCAAGCCUCUUUCCAGGUCAUCUCGCUCACUAAGUUCCGCCCACCUCAUGUCCACAUCUUCGGGUUUACAGGCCUCCAUGAUCUCCAACAUUGUUUUAAUGAAAGGUCAAGGGAAGGGACUGGGCUUCAGCAUUGUGGGUGGUCAGGACAGCAUUUAUGGUCCCAUUGGCAUCUAUGUGAAGACAAUCUUUCCUGGAGGAGCAGCUGCUGCAGAUGGAAGGUUACAGGAAGGAGAUGAAAUCCUAGAAUUGAAUGGAGAAUCAAUGCAUGGACUCACGCACCAUGAAGCUUUGCAGAAAUUUAAGCAGGCCAAGAAGGGCCUCCUCACCCUCACCGUUCGGACAAGCUUCAGCACUCCAUCUUCUGCCACCAGCUAUUUAUCGUCUCACCUUUGCCGUUCUCUGAGUACCAGCAUGUGCAUCACCAAGGAGAACAGCUCCUUUGGGUCAGAAAGCAUCACAACGUUUCCUCUGAACACCAUGAAUCCCAAUGACAGGAUCAUGAUGGAAGUCUCCUUAAAUAAAGAGGCUGGUGUGGGCUUAGGCAUUGGCUUGUGCAGCAUCCCUUACUCCCGGUACAUUUCAGGGAUAUUCAUCCACACUCUUUCUCCUGGCUCUGUGGCUCACAUGGAUGGGAGGCUCAGAGGUGGAGAUGAAAUAGUGGAAAUCAACGAGGCAUCCGUUCAAACAAUGACCCUUAGUGAAGUUCACGCUGUCCUAAGCCACUGCAAUCCUGGCAUUGUGCAAAUUAUCAUUAGCAGACAUCCUGAUCCCCAGGUGUCUGAGCAGCAGCUAAAGGAUGCAGUUUUCAACGCCAUGGAAAGAGACAAAUUCCAUUGGAAUGCAGAAGGGGGCAGUUGGCUUAAGAAAGCUCCCUGUGAAAAAUACUUGGAGAAGAAUGACGCUCACCUCAACCAUCCUUCCCAAAAGCCAAUGAUCCGUUCCAGCAGCGAUAGCAGUUACAAUCCCAGGUCAUCUUGUGGGAAUGGCUUUCUUUAUCAGUUGACCAACGGCCAAGGAAAAGAACAUCAUCUGGAUAUAGCUAUUACACAGCCACCGGGCUCCCGGCAUUCCUUUUCUGAAAUGAGUUUGCGCAAUGAGUCUUCCCCACCGGUAUCUCAAGCCGUCGGUCCCCUUUCGUCACACACGACCAAAAAAAGCGCAGAGAUCCUGGUUAGAAAACCCAGGUCAUUCAAACCCAAACCUCCACCCAGGAAGUACUUCAAGCAGGAUUGUCCUGAUAACGAGCAGACGAUCAGAGAGAUGAAAGAGAGACCCAACCUUCAUGAGACUGAAGCCCCACCAUCUUCAAACAUUCAGGAAGUUGGGGACCUGCUGCGGCUGAGGAAUAAGACGGUUGUAACUCACGGCGCAUUUGCAAGUUCUUUAGCUCCACGAGCUGCAGAACAGCUGAAGACGUCCUCAGGAGCUGCAGAUCGCGAAAAGAAAACCAACAAAGGCAAGACGGACUCCUCUACAAGACCUGCACUCAGAAGACAAGCAAGGGUGGAUUAUAGCCUUGAGACCACAACCGAAGAUCCUUGGGUGAGAAUUUCUGACUGCAUCAAAAGCUUGUUCAACCCCAGCAUGGCUGAAGAAAGGUGCACCUUAAACAUGCCACGUGGCAUCGGGAGCAAAGACGGUGAGCCAACCUUGCAUUGCUCAGGUCCAGCCCUGCAGCCCUUGGACACCGAGGAGAGCGACCCCAAAGCCUCUUCUACAUCAGAAGAAGGUGACUGUGUGAAGAAAGGGCCACCUGUAGCGCCCAAACCAGCUUGGUUCCGUCAGAGCCUCAAGGGACUCAAGAAAGGAAGUCCAGAUGCAAAAACUCUCCGAAACAGCAGCACUGAGCAUCAGAGCAUGUCGGACAAUGAGACGGGCUCCAUUACCAAGAUCAUCCGGGCAUCUCCUAGAGGAUCGUCAAUAAAGCAGAGGAUAAGCUCUUUUGAAAACCUGGGCACCCCACAGUCUCCUGAAAAGGGGACUAGGAAGCUGAGUCCAAAGCCGUCCGUUCAAAAAGACGACACUUCUAGCGGGCAGGAUCCCCACACUGCCAAGUGUGAUCCGCAGGAAGCGUCCGCCAGCAACAUCGGCCACCAAGGUUCUGAGAGCAGCCCCCUGCCGUCAUCUCUAGGAGAAAAUCAGAUUGGCUCCUCGUCGUCUUCCUCCUCCUCGGAUCAUUGCACUUCGACUUCAAAGACGAGCAACGACACCCCUCUUGACUCAUCUUUGACUUUUCCAGCCUCGCAAAAUACGGAACUCAACCCACCAGUCACAAAAGCACCAAGUCAACGAGCCCGGAGCUUUCCACUCACUUCAUCUCAGGCAUGCGAGGUGUUGAAAAGCAGCGCCGAGGAAGAAAAAUGCAGCAAAAUCUACUCCAUUAGCAAUCGCUUCUCCUCGGCUUUGAUGAAAUCCUUAGACGGCUUCCCUUCUCAGUCUCCUCGGUGUUCUAGGAAGAGCCCAGCUAGAACCUCCAACGGAGGGAUUUCUGAAUCUGGCACCGAUGAAGACAAGGUUGUUAUCCCUCAAGGAAGAGAAGUUCAACCUCUGGACACUGGCUAUUCUCUUAACCUUUCUGAGUUGAGAGACUACGGAGCAAAUCACCCAGACAAAGAGAAAAGGGAAGAUAAGAAGAAAGCCUGCCCAUCUCCAACCCUGGGAACCUCCGGGCAAGCGGUCAUCUCUCUCCUCACCCCUGAAGAACUGGAGAAGCUUCUGGAGGAGGUGAAAUCUUUGGAUGAAGCAACACUCAAGCAACUCAGUGACAUUCAUGUGACAAUUCUGCAUAAGGAAGAAGGGACUGGCCUGGGGUUUAGCUUGGCUGGUGGAAUAGAUCUUGAAAACAAAGCUGUUGUCGUUCACAAAGUCUUCCCCAGCGGCCUAGCAUCUCAGGAAGGAACUAUCCAAAAGGGGGAUGAAGUCUUAUCGAUCAAUGGGAAAUCUCUCAAGGGUGCCACUCACAGCGAAGCGCUGGAGAUCUUGCGAAAAGCACGACAUCUCAGGCUGGCAGUGAUUGUCACACGAAAACCCAAAGAGAGAGAAUGGAGCGCCCAAAGUGGCUUGCUUGAGUCCUCAGCAUCAACAGGAAGCGAAACUUCAAUGGAUUCCACACCAGAAGAUCUGAUCUUUACAGUUACCCUGGAGAAGACAUCCGCAGGUUUAGGUUUCACUCUGGAAGGAGGAAAAGGCUCCAUUCAUGGAGAUAAACCAAUCACCAUCAGCCGGCUUUUUAAAGGCAUGACACCCCAACACAACCCUCCUGUUCAGCCCGGAGAUGAGCUGCUGCAGGUGCACACCCACCUGAUGCAAGGACUCACCCGCUUCGAAGCUUGGAAUAUCAUCCGGACCUUACCAGAUGGGUUCAUUACUGCCAUUAUCAGGAGGAAAAAUGCAGUGGCUGGAACGGUUUCCUCUCUCCAUGGAGAGGAGUAGUGGCCAUGAUGAGCGCAACGCUCAAAGAGAUUCAGAACUGCUAUGACCCAAACUACGGACUCAUCCCUUGCUCGGGAUCAGCUACUCUGCAGCUGAUUUUAACGGCCCGGGUUCUUUGCUCUCAAAGGGAAUGUCAAGAAAGGCAGAGAUGAGGAGGCCAAUGAAAACAGCUCACUUGUUUGUGUUCGCAGUAUCGUUAAAAGUUCCUGUGGGGAGCUGUGCCCGAACUAAUCCAGGAUUUUGCCGAAAGCAAAAGGGCAGAACCCUGAAAGAAGAUUUGAUGGCAGAGGAGAUAGCGGGAUUAAUUAACCGGGCCUCGAUUGCCUAAUAAGCAUCAAAGCAAACAAAGCAAAGCCCAGCGCACGGAGAUCCAUUUCAGCCUUCCUUCGAUGCAACCUGGAGGGUGUAUCUUGGAAUGUGAGGCCUUGAUUGGCCAUUCCUGGGAUUACAAGUGUGUAAAAGUGUGCAUAUAUUUCCAUCACUGGGAAAACACAUCCCUCUCACUUUGGACUGGCUGUAGAUUGUCCGUGGCUGGAUCAGGAAAGCCUGAUUUAAACCCCAUUUUUACCUGUUCCUGCAAUAAAGUAUCGUUCUUUUAAUCAUG